GGGCGGCGGCGCGGGCCGGCGCGGUGAUGGCGGCCCCGGCGUACGGCUCGCCCGGCGGCCGCCUGGCCCGGGCGCUGACGCGAGCGCUGGCGCUGGCCCUGGUGCUGGCCCUGCUGGUGGGGCUGUUCCUGAGCGGCCUGGCGGGCGCCAUCCCGCCCCCGGGGGCCCGCCGCGCGCGCGGCCGGCCGGUGCCCCCUGCCGCCAGCUGCCGCUCGGUGCUCCUGGACCCCGCGACCGGCCAGCUGCGCCUGGUGGACGGCCGCCACCCUGACGCCGUGGCCUGGGCCAACCUCACCAACGCCAUGCACAAGACCGGGUGGGCCUUCCUGGAAUUGGGCACGAAUGGCCGCUACAAUGACAGCCUGCAGGCCUAUGCAGCUGGCGUGGUGGAGGCCGCAGUGUCGGAGGAGCUCAUCUACAUGCACUGGAUGAACACGGUGGUGAACUACUGUGGCCCCUUCGAGUACGAAGUUGAUUACUGCGAGAAGCUGAAGAGCUUCCUGGCCGCCAACCUGGAGUGGGUGCAGGAGCAGAUGGCAUCCAGCACGGACUCUGCCUACUGGCACCAGGUGCGGCUGACCCUCCUGCAGCUAAAAGGCCUGGAGGACAGCUACGAAGGCCGUGUGACCUUCCCCACUGGGAGGUUGACCAUCAAACCCUUGGGGUUCCUCCUGCUGCAGCUCUCUGGGGACCUGGAAGACCUGGAGCCAGCCCUGAACAAGACCAAGGCCAAGGCCUCCCUGGGCUCCGGCUCCUGCUCUGCCCUCAUCAAGCUGCUGCCAGGCCAGAGUGACCUCCUCGUGGCCCAUAACACCUGGAACAACUACCAGCACAUGCUGCGCGUCAUCAAGAAGUACUGGUUUCAGUUCCGGGAGGGCCCGUGGGAGGACUCACCCCUGGCUCCCGGCAACAGGCUGGUCUUCUCGUCCUACCCUGGCACCAUCUUCUCCUGUGACGACUUCUAUGUCCAGGGCAGCGGGCUGGUCACGCUGGAGACCACUAUUGGCAACAAGAACCCGGCUCUGUGGAAGUAUGUGCAGCCCAAGGGCUGCGUGCUGGAGUGGGUGCGCAAUGUCGUGGCCAACCGCCUGGCCUCGGACGGGGCCAGCUGGGCAGACACCUUCAAGAGGUUCAACAGCGGCACGUACAACAACCAGUGGAUGAUCGUGGACUACAAGGCAUUUGUCCCCGGCGGGCCCAGCCCUGGGAACAAGGUGCUCACCGUCCUGGAACAGAUCCCGGGCAUGGUGGUGGUGGCCGACAAGACCUCAGAGCUCUACCAGAAGACUUACUGGGCCAGCUACAACAUACCGUCCUUCGAGACUGUGUUCAAUGCCAGUGGGCUGCAGGACCUGGUGGCCCAGUACGGGGACUGGUUUUCUUACGACGGGAGUCCCCGGGCCCGGAUCUUCCGGCGCAACCAGUCUCUGGUACACGACGUGGACUCCAUGGUCCGGCUGAUGAGGUACAACGACUUCCUCCACGACCCCCUGUCCCUGUGCAAAGCCUGCAACCCGCAGCCCAAUGGGGAGAAUGCCAUCUCUGCCCGCUCUGAUCUCAACCCAGCCAACGGCUCCUACCCCUUCCCAGCCCUGCGCCAGCGCUCCCACGGCGGCAUUGACGUGAAGGUGACCAGCCUGCCGCUGGCCAAGGCGCUGAGCCUGUGGGCGGCCAGUGGCCCCACGUGGGACCAGGUGCCCCCCUUCCAGUGGAGCAGCUCACCCUUCCCAGGCCUGCUGCACAUGGGCCAGCCUGACCUCUGGAAGUUCCUGCCCAUCAAGGUCUCCUGGAACUGAAGCCCUGGCUGUGUGCCGCCCUGCCCUGCUCUGCCGAGUGGCCUGUCCAGCCACCCUGACCUCCUGCCCCACCCCCUUCCGGGGUCGAGGCCGUCUCCUCCUGGGGCGAGGCCCAGGACCUGGCGGGCCCGGGACCUUUCGGGGCUCAGAACUGACUCCCACACCCCCCAAAGUGGGGCACACCCGGCCUCUGCCUCCCUCUGUUUCCGACUCGCUCCUGCUGCUGGGCCCCCUCCCCACACUCCUGGGGCUUGGGAGGCGUCCUGGGAGCCGCGGGCAGGACAGGCCUGUUCCCAGCUCUGGUCCUGGGUGGCGCUGGAGUUGGUGACAUGUCAGCCCUGGACCCAGGCCUGUCUCUAGCUGGCCUCCCUCCUCUCAGCUGCAGCCCAGCGCCUUGCUCCCUCAGGAAGCAGCCCGGUUGUCUUCCCUUCUGGGCGCUUCCUUGAGGACAGAAGCUUGACAAGACACAAACCAAAGUUUCUGGCCUCCUGUGGCUGGCGGGUCCUGAGGGUCCUGUUCUUCUGUCUCCAGGGAGAGUCAGCUCAGCACUCCUCCGCCCACCCAGGGCCUGCUUCUGGCCUCAGGGCCACGCCCACAGCCCCCUUGCUGGAAGAACCAAACCGCAGGCUGUGGUGCCAUUAAACAAGAGAGGCUGUGA